AUGGUCUCACUGAAGUUCGCAGCGAUCGCUGCUGUUGCCCUCUCGUCGUUCACUGCCUUCGCACAAGAUCCAGAAGCUGACGGUAUUAAGGUCGAGGAUGCCACCGAGCCCGCCGUCGAGGAUGUCAACAUGGAAGAUAUGUUGAAGUGGGCAGAGAGCGGAGGAGAAAGGCAAUGGUCUGAGGAGCAAAAGGCGCAGAAACCUCUCAACGUCGCCGUCAAUGUCUCGUUCCCAGAUGCCGAGAUCUUUGGAGUCAAGAUGGUCAAUGGCCGACCCACCCGAGCGCUCCUUCACAUUGUGAACAACGAGGAUACCGAGGUCAAUGUGUUGGUUGGACUUGGUGCGCUCCUGACGCCAAUUGACGCCCCAGGAGCCCCAGACCCACCGCAGGUUGUCCGCAACUUGACUGGCACCAAGUUCGGCACCAUCAUCCCGCCAAAGACCAAGGAGACCCUUACUUACGCCUUCUCGACUGUCAUGCACCCUCAGGAUCUUACCCUGGAGCUUAAGACCGUCAUCGCACGAGCCCAGAGCAUGUUUACUCUAACCGUGUUCAGGGAGACUGUUGCAGUUGUGGAAGCUCCUGUCUCGAUCUUCGAUCCUCAGAUCAUCUUCCUCUACCUCUUCCUCGCGGGUGCUUUCGGCGGAACUUGCUACUUCAUCUACAACACUUGGAUCACCACACUCUUCCCUCAGAAGAAGCGAGGAGGCAAGGGCGGCGAGCGCGCCAAGCGAUCGACUGGAGGCAAACCUGUUGACCCAACCGACCAGGUGGCCGUGGCCGGUGCGGAUGGACCUGCUGUAACAACUGGAUCCAAGGGAUACGACGAGAGCUGGAUUCCAGCAGGACACUUGAACAAGCCACAGGCGAGGAAGGUUGGCGGCGGCCGACCAAAGAGCAGGGCAGCAUAG